AUGUCCGACCCUUCGUUAGGUCCAAUUGCGUUCCCAAACAUCACUGGGGCACGGCCUCGGCUGUAUACUCAAAAGAACCGAAGCCAGCUCACCCUCAACUCCAGUUCUAUUAUAUCAAACUCAUCCUUCACGAACAAUCCAGAAUCCGAGCUAACAGAAAGUCAAUUGCGAGAGCUCUAUGACAAUGAAGAAAUCGAUAGAUUUCUUAAUUUAUUUUCUGCCUUUGUGACAGAAGUCAGGGCACCGGAUACACCUACAUCGAAAGAAGCAGAGGCAUCUGAGUAUGUCAGUGAAGAAAAUUCCAGCUCAAGCACGUCAACAUAUCCUGAGGAUGAUGGAGAAUGGACGCCAAGGCUUGACGAAGAUCAAGAUGGAGAAUUCUUGACUCCACAAAUUUCGUCUCGUUAUUCCUCCCCUUCAAAGAACAAUAGCAUAUCGGAAGAGAUUGCAAACCGAUACUUGCUUCCUAUCCUUCCUCAUGCUAAGCCUGCAACACAUGGAUUUACACUAGGACGCUUGCGGCUUGCAGUACAAAGAUUAUAUGUCGUCGCGUUCCCCGCAUAUAAUGCAUUUAUUCAGAAACAUAUUAGUUUAUCUACUUGGGAAAACCACGGCAAAAGUCUCGCGUAUUGCUCUGUGUAUUGGACUCUCUGGUGGCAAAAUUUACUCGGGCCUUCCCUUGUAUUCUAUGUUCUGUUUACGCUUUUGAAGGCAAGAAUCUUUCCAUAUCCUUCAUUGGAAGAUCUUCUUCGACAUCGUGAAGAGGUUUCUCGUGCAGAUGAGUUUGGGGAGCGUGUGUCGGCAAGGCUCUCAGCCUCAUCCACCAGCGUGUUGGAGAUUUGGCGUCUUUUUAGAUUGUUUGAGACAACAAAGAGAAAUAUCGUAAAAGGAAAGACACGUGAACACACCAAAAGCACAAGUACCUCCAGUCUUUCCGAAGGCCGUCCCUCUGUCAAUCAUUCGGAAGAUGUCACAGUCUUAGAUGACAUUAAUGAUAAUGAGGAAGCCCAAGACUUGAAACGAAUUGGCCUCGAGAUUUUGGAAGAUAUUGCUGAAUUACAUGAACGCAUAAGAAAUACAUUCAUAUGGCGCCGACCUUCUGCAUCUCGAAGAUACGUUUUUGUGCUCCUAGUUUUGUUUUUAGUGACAUUGCUUCCAACACAAUACAUCGCAAAAUUGACCUUUUUUACUUUGGGUUUUAUUUAUUGGCAUGUCAUUCCUGUUAUUGCCGCCUUACCUCCUUCGGAGAGUCGGAGACUUCCUCCUCCAUUAUGGGAUGUUCCGAAUGAUGCCGAAUAUGCUAUGGAGCUCAUAUCGCAGCGUGUGGCGGCUGGUCUUCCUAUCAAUCCUAAUAGGCCUUCCAAGGCCACGAAAAAACAGCAUUCAGUAGAAAGCUUUGAAGCACAAAACGCUGCUUCGACCAAUACCGUUGAACAUUCACGAAGCCGAGAAAAUUCUAUAGACUGGAAGAAAUGGGGCGAUCGAGUAACAAAAGGAAAAUCGGUUAUCAAUGACAUCAAGCGACUUAAACCUAGCAAGGCUUGGCCUGCUCAUGAAAGUUGGCCGCCUCGUCAUCCUAUGAUCCCAGGGAUAGUGGGCAUGAUUCAGCCUCGGGCAAAUGUUGAAGCGCACACAUAUCCCUGCCAGCACAAUUCUGGUCCAGGGCUAAUCACGCUGACGCAUAGCGCUCUCCUGUUCACUCCUCUGAUGUCACAGUCGCCCAAGUUGACGAUUCGAUUGGCUUCUGUCAAAGGAGUAAAGAAGUCAGGGCUGCUAAAAGGCCUUCGAAUUCGGUGGACUGCCUCUCUAGAAGACGGAACGAAAGAAAUUAAAGAAGAUAAAUUCCCCUGGAUUGGCAACCGUGAUGAAGUCUUUGCUCUGAGGAUCAUGUUCUUCACUCCUGAGCUGCUUUCUAAGCGCGACAGUGGAUUUGGUCUUCUCUGGCUAGCUGCGACAUUGGGAUCCAGAUCUACAUUUAAAAAAUUACCCAAACGCUCCGUACUAACAGCAGACAUCUCACAGCUAUGCGACUUGAUCACAGAGCCUGAAGAGCCUCUCGCAUUAAGACUCUCCAGCAACUUGAUGUUUGGAGUGGUCCGGGUUUAUAAAGUUAAACAAGAAAUCUUUUUGAAUGACGUUACCAUCUGCGUCGCUACCUUAAAGAAGGUUGUACAGGAACUGAGAAGUAGCGGGAAUGUCCAACUUCAAAUGGUCAACCCUACUGUUCGCCCUGCUCUCCUUACUAUGAUACCAGAUUCCAGAGAAGCAUAUGCGCUUGACUAUGAUGCCUUUGUCGCCGACUGGGAUGAAUAUUUGAAUAUGGAAGCAGCAACGAGAACGUGUUCCAUUGAUGAAGAUGACGACACUGAUUUUGACCCAACCCAAAGCAAAAAGAAAUCGAAGACCAAAAGUGCAGUAAAAUCCGCACCUGCCGUAGAAGUUAUGCGAAAAGAGGCGCAUACACUCGACGAACACCACGAACAUGUGCUCUCAGCAUCCUUUGACAUGUCUUUCAGUAAUAAUGCUGAACAGGUCCCAUCAUCUUCACAAGCUGAUGUACCAUUCGAUAAUUUCUUCCCGUUCUCGGAUGGACUGGAUGUCGGAGAAGGUCUCGGCGACGAUCUUGCGCGUGAGUUGGGUUGGGCUACUUCUCCGAUUAAGAGUGUACGCAGCAAUAGAAUUAUGGGUAAUGCUGAAAAGGAGCAGCAUGGCUUGCAAUUCGACGAGGGUGAUUAUAAUAUAGGAGCUAUUGAUUUCGACUUUAACACAGAAGAUAUGCACAUUUUUAUGGAUGAACCGGGGCGAGUUGCAAAGAAUGCCCGUCCAAGUACUCCUGUCCCUCAACAGGCACCAAAAAUGGCAAAGACCCCGCAGCGCAAAGAGAAUGCAAUCCCGAGAUUGGGAUCAGUCGUAUCUCAACGCCAAGGUCCUAGUCCAGCAAUGUCUUUCUCGCGCAUGCUAUUGUCACAGGAUGAAGAGCAGCCAUUGAGAGAUAUCACCACAGAAGAAUCAAAUAGGCAUAAUCAACAAGACUUGACUAAGAAGACCAAAAGAACGCGUUUGCUUUUAGAUGCACGCACAGAGUUGACAGAUGACGAGUUAAAGAUUGCUAGAGCCAAGUAUUUGGAGUCGCAGCGACGCCAAAGGCGUCAAUUGCUGAGCAAGAAAACCGAAAAAGAUAGCGGUAAAUUUAUAGAGGAGCUUAUCUGGAGCGUACCAAAAGGAAUACAAGAACCAGGUCUGAGAAACUUUUGGCAAGAAAAUUUUAAAGUCCAAGUUGAAGCAAGGUCUGGAGUGUUACGUAUCCACCCAGAAGCCAGUUCAGAUGAACCACCAAGUAAGAGAAGGAAAAUAGCUAUACCGCCUGCCAUAGAAGAAGAACCUCGGAAUGGAUUCUAUAAUGAGGAACCAGUACAGCAUGAUGUUGAUUGGAACAUGGAUUGGGUCGUAGGGAAUGACGUCGAUAUGGCUGUGGCUGUAGAUCAAGCUGGUGACAAUAGGAAUUCAUCUGAGGAACCUGGUCAAGCCCGUCGUAUUUCUCGAUCAGCCUCUAUACUUGGAGCGAGCAACCUAGCUUUCGAUCUUGGCCCUCGAGGGUCUGGAAAUGGUUCGCAGCGAAGCUCAUUUUUCCCUUGGGACCAUGCUGGACCGAGCUCCUCCAGCGGGAAUGUCCCAUUUGCACAACCAGAGGUCGAUCACAUAGUGGAACGGGUCGAUGUACGAUUGCGAAGCAUAUCGACAACCCGACGUGAAAGUCCUAUCGCAGGCAGUCGGGACAGCCAUAGAGGCAGCAUUACAGGCUCGAAUGUCUUGCUUUCGCCCGCGAUGGGUGGGAGGACGUCGCAGAUCUUGGGAGAAGAUUUUGCCUUUGAAGUGGAAGAAGCUGUACCGCAAGAGGACACGCAGCAGGAGACACAGAAAUCAGAAGUCAACCUCGUCACGCUUGAAAGGAACUCUUUCAACUUCCUGGAAUAUGCGAAGAUGCAGUAUCAAACUUUGCCAAAGCCAGAAGGUCGGCUCGAAUUUGAGACUGUCGCCCCUAAAUCGACGAGCACGAGCCAUGUAGCCGCUGCGGCGUUCUAUCAUUGUCUGGUUCUUGCCACGAAGAAUCUUGUCGGGCUCAAGCAAUCGGAGCCAUACGGUAGAAUUUUCAUCGACAUCAUUUGA